ACAAAACAUACCAAACAACACAAAAGCAAUAAAAAACACAUCACUACAUCUUUGACACACUUCCUUUGUUGUCGUUGUCCCCCUUCCCAAUCCCAUCAUACUCUUGUAAUCACACACCCAUUCUCUCACUAGUAAAACAUACCACCCUCACACUCACCUUCUCUUACCACCUUUUUCCCCCCUUCUUUUUAACAACGAUUAUACCAAAAUCCCUCGCAUCUAAUUUUCGAUUCCUUCCCUAAUUUUUCUUCAUUUCCCCCAAUUUCACACUUCAUCGUCUCUACAAAAUCCCCAAUUUUCCGCAUUCUCUCUCCUCCGCCGGAAAAAUGGAGUAUCUCUCGCCGGAAAACUCCGCCGGCGUAGCUCAAUCUGUCGUCAACGACGAACAGCGAGUUUAUUUGGUACCUUUCAGGUGGUGGAAAGAGGCGCAAAAUGCAUCGACGAGUGAUUCUAGCGGGAAGAGAGGGGUUUUAUACAGUGCAUCGCCUUCAUCGUCUUACGCCGGUGCGAUGAAGCUGAUCAACAACAUUUUUAGCUCGGAUCUCUUGUUCAAUCUUAGGAGAGAGGAGGAAAGUAGUAAUGACAAUGGUGAAGUUGGAGUUUCUGGUCGUGAUUACGCUUUAGUUUCUGGAGAAAUGUGGUUGCAAGCUCUUAAAUGGCAUAGUGACUCAAAAAAUGCAAUGAAGCGCGUUGGAAGCUUUUCAGCUGGUGAUGUUGAUAUAGCAGAUGUCUACCCUUUACAACUCAGGCUUUCUGUUUUACGAGAAGCAAACUCAUUAGGAGUUAAGAUAAGCAAAAGGGACAAUGCUGCUGAACUAUUUAGACGUGCUUGCAAAAUAUUUAAUAUUGAGGCUGAGUUGUUGCACAUACGGGACUUCUCUGGUAGGACAAGUCAUUAUCUUAUGAGUGACAAUGGCUCACCUCCAAAGGAUAUCCAGCGCCAAUCAGAUCAGGAGAUACUUCUGGAACUGCAAAUUUAUGGGUUGUCAGAUUCUCCUAGGUCUAGAGAUGGGAAGAGAGAUGAUUUCUCUGAGCUCGCUAGUGGUGCAGGUUCCUCUUCCAGUGCAUCUACGACAACGAAUGGUAGCACUGGGAACAGUUAUCGUUUCCCUAGGACCAAUUCCUAUACUUUUAGUAGCAGUUCUGUCGAAUCAGGUUCUUUGGGCUUGACGGGAUUGCAAAAUCUUGGAAAUACAUGUUUCAUGAAUAGUGCACUUCAGUGCCUAGCACACACGUCAAAACUUGUCGACUAUUUUCAUGGAGAUUACAAUAAAGAAAUUAAUCAUGAUAAUCCAUUGGGCAUGGAUGGUGAGAUUGCUUUGGCUUUUGGAGAUUUAAUAAGGAAGUUGUGGGCUCCUGGUGCGACUCCAGUAGCACCACGGACAUUCAAAUCGAAGCUCUGCCGAUUUGCUCCUCAAUUUAGUGGCUUCAAUCAGCAUGAUUCACAAGAAUUGCUAGCUUUUUUGUUGGACGGACUCCAUGAAGAUCUGAAUCGUGUGAAGUUAAAGCCUUAUGUUGAAGCUAAGGAUGGAGAUGGUCAACCAGACGAGGAUGUAGCUGAUGAGUAUUGGCAGAAUCAUCUGGCUCGGAAUGACUCUAUCAUUGUCGAUAUUUGUCAAGGUCAAUAUAGAUCCACAUUAGUUUGUCCAGUUUGCAAAAAGGUUUCUGUUACUUUUGAUCCAUUCAUGUAUCUGUCACUACCUUUACCUUCUACCACAAUGCGGACGAUGAACAUUACUGUGAUGAAUACUGAUGGUAGCACCAUGCCAAUCGUGGUUACAGUUUCUGUGCCCAAAUAUGGGAAAUGUGAAGACCUUAUUAAGGCCUUGACCACUGCAUGCUCUUUGCAAAUUGAUGAGACACUGUUGGUGGCUGAGAUAUACAAUCAUCGUAUUAUUCGUUUUUUGGAAGAUCCAGCUGACUCAUUGUCCUUGAUUAGAGAUGAGGACCGUCUAGUUGCUUAUCGGCUUCCUAAAGCUAUUCAGGAAGAAGCUACAGUUGUGUUUAUGCAUCAGGAGAUGGAAGAGCAGUAUGUCCACGAGAAACUUACUUCUGGAUGGAAGGCAUUUGGGAUUCCUCUUGUGGCUAGAAUACCUGAGAAGAUUAAUGGAUUAGAUUUGUGUAACUUGUACAUGAAGCUGCUUAGUCCAUUUCUCAUGCCCAAUGAGGAUACUUUACAUGAUCAAGAUAACUCCAAAAGCAUUGUAGUUGAGGAUAUGGUAGAAAUUGCUGCAAAUAAUAUUGUUACUGAAUCAAGUGAUGAUGCUAAAGUUGCGAAUGGCAAGGAUGUUAAGUUAGCAGCUGAAAGUGAGUUCUUAUUCUACCUUACAGAUGAAAAGGGGAUUCCCAGGAAUUCCAAGAUAGAAAUGACGGAUCCUGUAACAUCUGAGGACUUGCCAAGACGGUUGAAUGUGGUUGUUUCUUGGCCGGAGAAGAAGACUAAAAUUUAUGAUACUGUUCUUCUUAGCACUCUGCCUGAAAUUUUCAAGUCUGGCUUUCUGGCUAAAAGGCCACAGGAGAUAGUAUCUCUUUAUAGAUGCCUUGAAGCUUUUCUAAAAGAGGAGCCACUUGGACCUGAAGACAUGUGGUACUGUCCUGGCUGUAAGGAGCAUCGUCAGGCCUCCAAAAAGUUAGACCUUUGGAGACUCCCUGAAAUUCUGGUCAUUCACUUGAAAAGGUUUUCAUACAGCAGAUAUACAAAAAACAAGCUGGAGACAUAUGUUGACUUCCCAGUUGAUGAUCUUGAUUUGUCCAUGUAUAUUGCUAACAAGAGUACCCAAGCGUCAUUUCGCUAUGUGCUCUAUGCGAUCAGCAAUCACUAUGGAAGCUUGGGUGGUGGUCAUUACACUGCUUUUGUCCAUCAUGGAGGUGGGCGGUGGUAUGACUUCGACGACAGCACUGUAUACCCUAUCAAUGACGAGAAGAUAAAGACUUCAGCUGCUUAUGUUCUUUUCUAUAGAAGGGUGCAGAUUCAUAACAAACAAACCUCCGCUAUUGAUACUCAUACUCUAGAGUAGCUCAUAUUACAAAGCCUUCCAGUUAUUUAUUUAAUUAAUUAAUUGAUUAAUUUAUUCACUAUUCUGAGAAACAGUCUAAUUAAGGGUAGAAUUUAUUAGCACUUUGGCAUUAUUUUUCUGGGAUGCUCGGGACUCCUCGACUGUCAAUGGCCAAUGGCGACACUCGAAACUGUGGACCUUGUUGAUCAUGCUAGGCUUGACAGAUAAUAGCUAGUUGAGUUUGGUACUAGGAUGAGCAUCUGUAAACUCCGUAGGAGAAAAUUUUCUAGUUAUACUAACCCAAUUUUUCUCAGGAAUUACAAUUACCUGAAGUCAUUUUUUCUUCUCUCUUUGUUGAAGGGGUUGUUUUGCUUGGUUGUUUUAGAGCUUCACAACCCAAAGCAGUGUAUUGUUUUUUGUAAGAGAUGUAACAUAGCUUGGAUCAAUUGAUAAGCAAUCCAUCAGAAAUUGUUUUCCUAA